CAGAUACCUGCUGCAGAGAGGAAAAUUCUUCGCCACUCGUCGGAGGCUUUUUUCCGCGGAGACAAUAUUUUCCUCUGUCUUCAUCAAAAAAAGGGGCUUGAAGAAGCAUUAGAAAGAUACCGAUGGCUGUUGUUCUUUACACAAAAAAUAAAAGUACUUCUAAAUCUUGGCGCGGGCAACUUUACAAAAUCCACGCGCGAGCUGUAGUUUUUUAGACCAAAAAAUCGUCGAAAUUUGUCGAAAACAAAAAGCACCUCCUCUUCUACACUUCUCUGCGGAUUCGAGUGAAAGUGUGUUGUUCAGAAAGUUAAGAAAAGUGCAAUUUUCCACGGAGAAAACAAAAGAGAAAGCAAGCAGUGUUGGAAAAAGGAAAAAUCGAACGCCGUAGAGAAAAAAAAACAAGAAAACUAAAUCAGCACCAAUUUUUAACCAGGAAUAAAAAUCGUCGUCGCUCUAUCUCUUUAAGGAUGAUAUUUACUCUAUAAAAGAUAUAACCCCCGAAAAAAAGAAGCACAGCAAACAAGAUCAAAUCCGGAAGCGAAGCAGGACGCCAGAAAUCGAUUUGGCUUGUUGUUCUUUCAACCAGAGUCGUCGUCGUGUCUCUUUAUGGCAAUAAUGGAUCUUUGCCACGAGAUGAUGGAGCAUUACAGAAUUGAUGGCAAUCGAGGAUUUUCGGCAUGCCAAAGCGGUCGUGGCAGCGAGCAGGCCCGGACUUAGGAGGGGUCGUCCCUCAGAUAGUCGUCGUAGCAGCAAAAACCCAAAGAAUGGAUGCCGUGGUCCUGAUUGCCUGUCUGGCCCUCGUCGGAACGCUGUUGAUUGUGCUGCUGCUGCUUUGUCGGCUCGUCCAGCCCUAUGACAUCGCCUGGUUUCUGUCGAGCCGGGAGGACAAGCUGAAGCUGUCCAAGAUGAGGCUGUACAAUGCCAAUGGAUAUCUGAUGCACUCCGGCUCGGAGAUCCUGCUCGGCUCCACCGGCAGCUUCCAGCGCUUCGACUCCGUCGACCGUGACUACAAACCCCCGUACGGUCACCAUGCCCAUCAGCAGGGUACCAACCUAACGGUACCUCCGUGGCGCACCUCCUCCACCGAAGAGUCCGAGAUCCCGCCCCAACCACUACGACCCGCUCCAUCCCCGAGGGAACCCAAGCUGACCCGCGAGAAGGCCAUCCAGAAGCAGACCUCCGAACCCAAACCCUCCGCCGGGUCCAUCAUCAUAUCGCCGAUUCCGCGGCCCGUGCCGCGCAAGCAACACUCGGCCCCGAUCUCCUUUCCACUGCCGGUGCUCAACUCACCCCGCGACGCCAAGCGCUUCCACCAAGAGCCUCACAUCUGCACGAAUCCGUUCCUGAACGAGCCACCGCUCAAGGAAGAGGUCGAUCCGGCUCCUCCUCAACCACCGGAAGUAGAAGUUCCCGUGGUUCCGGAACCACCGGUUCCCGCUCCGGAACCGUUUCUGCAGCGGUUGAUCCGCUCCGCGAACAACCCGUUCGCGUCGGAUCCCCGCAAGCCGGACGACGAGUGCAUCUUCAGCUUUGAGCCGGCGACCGUGCAGUCCGUGUUCGCCGAGGAAGAUCCGAGCAAGCGGGCCGAGCGGCGGCUCUCCAAGAUGGAGAACCUCCGGAAGAUGUCCCGGCUAAUCGAGAGCAACCAGAUGCUGCUGAACAUCUACCAGCAGUUCAACGGGACCGUUGAUCGGAGUAGUGAAAGUGACCAGAGGUCACCUCCGGUGAAGCCGACCUCCUCAUCCUCGUCAACGUCCCCUAUCGUAUCUCCGAAGCUGAUAGACAUAACCUCAACUCCGACUCCAACGCCCUCAAUCAGUCGGACGGACAACAGCAAGUACCAGGACUCUCCGCGCACGGAAGCCGGCGACAACAUCAACCUGCCAACGGUGUCCAAGGGUAUCAAGCACAUCCUCCGGAACCGAUCCUUCUCGGAGACGGAGUUCUCCGAGCGGAAGCUGUUCAAGGGAUUCGCUCUAGCCACGGACGGUGACCAAACACCCCGAAUACCUCUGAUGAAGAACUCCUCGUACAAGGACCUCACGCGGUACUAUAACAGUAGUGGUGGUUCUGGUAUGGUCACCCCUUCGGCAGUGACCUCCGGGUACUCCAGCGGAUCCUCGACGGUCCUGCAGAAGACCGUUUCCGAGUCGUUCCUGGAGCAGUACACGCUCGGUCGGGAGCACGAUCCCGGCGGUUCCAUGGCCAGCGGUAGCAGCAGCGGAAGCGUCGCUGCCGCGUUCAACGGAUCGGGCGGUUCCGUCGGCGGACUACGCUCGGUAAUCCCGUCGACCUCCACCGAAUCCGUUGCUUCGCAAUCGUCGGUGAUCUUCAGCGACCUGGAGCCGGCCCAGCCCAUCACCGGAUACCUGUGCGUCGGCCUCCAGUAUGACAAGAGCAGCACCACGAUCGAGGGUGUCGAGCUGCUGGUGACGAUCCAGGAGGCGAAGCAGCUGGUGUGUCCACCCGGCAUCGAAAUGGACACCUUCGUGAAGGUGUUUAUCGUACCUGACGAAAGCAAGGUGUUGCAGACCAAGGUAGGGGAUCAUCGCUUGAAAGAUGGUUCAAUUGGGAUGACCUCACGAUCUUUGCAGGUCUUCAAGAACUCUUGCUACCCGAGCUACCAGGAAACGUUCAGCUUCUGGAUCACCCACAAGAGCGUGCGGCGAUCGCUGUGGUUCCACGUGUACCACACCAGCUCAAGCGAGCAGACGCUGAUCGGCGAGUGCGAGAUGCAGCUGAACGAGAACAUCAGCCGGCCGAUGACGACCUGGCUGAAGCUGAUGGACUCCAGCCACAAGAAGAGCCCGCUCGGCGAGCUAAUGUUCUCGCUGAGCUACCUACCGACGGCGGAGCGGCUCACGGUGGUGAUCGUGAAGGCCCGUAACCUUAACCUGAAGAGUAGUAGGGCGGCGACGGGAAGUGGUGGUCGAUCGAAGCAGCUGCAGCAGCAGGUCGCGAUCGACGACGAAGCGGCUGUGGUGGAGGAGGAAGAAGACGGCGGAGAGGUGGACUCCAGCGAGGGGAUCUUCGUGAAGGUGUACCUGCUGAAAAACGACAAGAAGGUGUCCAAGAAGAAGACGUGCGUGAAGCGCGGGGAGCGAUCGCCGAUCUACAACGAAGCGAUCAUCUUCAGCGUUCCGCCGUACAUGCUGAACACCAUCCAGAUCCGGUGUUCCGUCGUCCAGAUGACCAACCGGACGGAGAGCAACGUCAUAAACAACAACAACAUCAGUGGAGGAGACCUGAUCCAGUUCGGGUACAGCUCGUACGACAGCAGUGGAAACAACCUCAGCCGGAAGCAGAGUACCAAGCUGGUAUCGAUCGGACACGUGAUCGUUGGGAGUGGAACCACCGGGAAGGGACUGCGGCAUUGGCAUCAGAUGUUGACGACCCUGCGGAAGCCGGUCACGAUGUGGCACGUGCUGAAGAUCACCUCGGAGCGGAAGCGGAAGCGACUUGGAGAGUUGGAGCAGGCCAGCGGUUGAGGUUAUCAGGUUUGAGGUUAGGAAAGAGACAAAGAAAAAAAAGGGUAACAGUUAUGAUAAUAAUGAUAAUACAGUAACAUAAGUUAGCGCAGGAGAGUAAGAUAUCUAUAGCAUCAGUUGAUAUAUUUGUCGGAAAGAAAAAAAAGUAUUAUUAUAUAACCGAAACGUUAGAUAAACUAAACAAAACAAAAAAUUUCGUAUAUACCAAGCAUUUUUCAUUGUCGCCAAAAAGUAUAUUGUAUACAUUUAACAAAAAACAAAAACAAACCACUAACUAUACGAUUUCCACGCAACAAUUGGGAGGAGAAAGAAGGGAAGCAUUAGCUAAUUGAAUCUAACAAAAACAA